CGGUUUUACGGCAGAACGUGGUGCUGCUGCUGGAGGUCAAGCUUGAGGAAAAGCGGAGAACUUUUAUUUUUAUUUUUGUCUAGACAGUAAAAUUAGCAAUAUGUUUUAAAAUUUAAAUAUUUUUGCCACUUUACCGUAUUGUAGAAUCCGAGGAAUUGAGUGGGUCGCAGUUGCCGCUUGGUAGCAUUGAUAAGAUAGCUAGCAUUAGCCGGCUGCUGCUGCUGUCUCAGUGUUUUGUGACCUUUCAGCGAUGGACAGCAGCGACAACACACAGGGAGGUGGAGUAUUUAAAGCGGGUUUUAGCGGUAUGUUUGGGGGCAGCGCUCCUGAAUACUCCAACAAAGAGCUCGCUGGAGUUCCCUUGACAGGAAUGAGCCCUCUAUCGCCGUAUCUCAAUGUUGACCCACGUUACCUGGUUCAGGACACGGAUGAAUUCAUUCUACCCACAGGAGCGAAUAAGACAAGAGGAAGGUUUGAACUGGCUUUCUUCACCAUUGGAGGCUCCUGUAUGACAGGAGCUACAUUUGGUGCGUUAAAUGGUCUGAGGAUGGGUCUAAAAGAGACCAAAGCUAUGCCAUGGGCCAAACCUCGUAAUGUUCAAAUUCUAAACAUGGUGACCAGGCAAGGUGCAUCUUGGGCCAACUCAUUGGGAUCUGUUGCUUUGUUGUAUAGUGCUUUUGGUGUGGUGAUCGAGAAGGUCAGAGGAGCAGAGGAUGACCUCAACACAAUCGCUGCUGGGACGCUGACUGGGAUACUUUUCAAAUCAGCUAGUGGUCUGAAGGUUGCAGUCCGCGGAGGCCUGGUUGGUUUGGCCUUGACUGGUGCCUACGCUCUCUAUAAUAACUGGGACCACCUCACUAGCAGAGCUUCCUCCUCCUCCCCGUACUCUUACUCUUCCUCCAAGCCGUACUAAACCCCGCCCACUGUGCAGCCGAUCACCUGCAGGAUGCAGAGAAAACAGACUCUGAUGUUUGCAGGCACAGAGCCACUUUUCGUCUUCAUGCUGAGGAGCAUUCUGCAAGUAAACGUGUAUCUGAUAAAAGUGGACUCAGAUUCUAGCGGAACUCCACAGAUCCGUUUUUUUUUGUUGUUGUUGCCGAUCUAAUCUGGAUCAGCAUUGAGCACACCUGUGGUGAUGUGUUCAGGUGUGCUUCAGUAUGUCAGUGUUUAUUGGAGACUUUUUUGGUGAUAUUUUUUAGAGUACUGUCAAAUUAGUGCCAUAAACAUAGAAUUGUGAGCCCACGUGACUUUAUCAGGUAAUCUGGCUGGUGUUUGUGGUUCACCGGGUGAGUGUCACUGUACUUUGUGGAGGGCUUUUUUAUGUAAUGGUCUCUCCACUGUGGCUAAUACAGACCACAACACUUCCAAAUUAAGACACCAGUAAAAGCCGAAAAUGCUUACAAAUGCAAAAAAACCGCCUUCAUCAAUUCAACAGGCCUUUGCUUCAGAAAGCUCUUGCAAAUUUACACUUUUUUUUAAAUCAUAAAUGUUUUGUUUUUCUCUUACAUUAAUUUGGAACGGUUGUUGCCUCUUAUCAGCCGCUGUAUCUGCCCCCCAAAGAAAAGAAAAAUUAAAGUUGGGUUCUGCUGUUUUUACUUUGCCGUAUUUAUUGGAAAAUAUCUGCAGUGUUUACUGUUUGACUGCUGCAGACUAAAUCUCGUACAGCGGGACAGUAACACUGUACUGGAAGUACGUGCUGUAUUUGUGUCUCCUUCAGACCAACAACUAUAAUCAAAAAUAAAACCAAAUGUGAAGAAUGUA